AUGGCUCCGAGACCGAAAAACCGAAAGGAUAAUUUUCCAAUAUAUUUUUCUAUUAAAAAAUUUUUUGAUACUUAUAUAAAUUUGAAUUUUUUUAAAUUGAUUCUAACAGAUCCAUCAAAUUUAUUUCCAGUAGCAUGUUUUUUAUUAUUAGCAGAAAUAUUCAUUAAUUUUUUUAUUGUCAACUACAUUAAUUAUACGGAAAUUGAUUGGAAAGCAUAUAUGCAAGAAGUGGAGGGAUUUUUAAAUGGAACUUUCGAUUAUUCUCUUCUAAAAGGUGACACCGGACCUUUGGUGUAUCCAGCUGGCUUCGUUUGGAUAUUUUCGGGUUUAUAUUUUUUAACAAGUAAAGGUGAAAAUAUUCUUCUCGCUCAAUAUAUUUUCGGAGUGUUAUAUUUAGUCAAUUUAAUACUUGUAUUGAGAAUAUACAUAAAAUCAAAAAAAUUACCUCCUUACGUUUUGAUUUUAACUUGUUUGACUUCUUACAGAAUUCAUUCGAUAUUUGCUCUCAGAUUGUUUAAUGAUUCAAUAGCUGUUAUUUUGUUGUAUGCAUCAUUAAAUGCAUUUUUAGAUUUCAAAUGGAACUUGGGUAGUUUUCUAUACAGUUUAGCAGUUUCUGUUAAAAUGAAUAUUUUGCUUUUUGCACCUGCUUUGCUCUUAGGAUACCUUACAACAUUAGGCUUGAAAGAGACGCUUAAACAGUUAGCUAUAUGUGCCGGAUUGCAAAUAAUUCUUGCUUUACCCUUCUUAUUAACAAAUCCAAUCAAUUAUAUUUUAAAUGCUUUUAAUUUAGGAAGAGUAUUUUUAUACGAGUGGACUGUAAAUUGGAGAUUUCUACCAGAAGAUAUUUUUUUAAGUAAAAAAUUUCACAUAACUUUACUGUUGCUACAUUUGUUACUUUUAGCUGUUUUUUACAAAACGUCUGCCUUAUAUAUGAAAAGUUAUUCCAAGUUAAAAAAAUUAGAAAAAUAUAUAAAACCACAAUUGAAAAAAAAAUUAACUUUUAACAUGAGUACUUCAUCUCAAUUAUUUCUCAUGCCAAUGUUUUUAUCGAAUUUUAUCGGAGUUUCUUGCAGCAGAUCAUUACACUAUCAAUUUUACAUAUGGUAUUUUCACUCGCUGCCAUUUUUAUUGUGGUCAACUCAUUAUUCGAUCCCGACAAGACUUUCAAUUUUAGGUAUAAUUGAAUUAUGUUGGAAUACUUACCCUAGCACUACCAUGAGUUCUUUAUCUCUUAAUAUUUGUCACAUGGCUAUUUUAUAUGGCAUAUAUAAAACUCAAUCGAUACUAUCUGAUCAAGUAUCAAAAAUUGAGGCGAAUAAAUAA